UACCCUAGGCAACUGCAGUAGAGAAGGUUAUUCAGGCUCGGUCGCAGUUCCUCUACCACUUGCCUCUUCGAUUGCGCAUUCGAUUCGAUUCGAUUCGAUUCCAUCACACACAAAAGCAAAAACAAAAAGAAGCAUAGGUUGAGACUUGAGAGAGCUUGCAGAGAGCUCAAAACCCUGAUUGGGUUGAAAUUCAGAAAUCGGAAAUGGGAACUCUUGGGAAAGCGAUAUACACCGUUGGAUUCUGGAUUCGAGAAACUGGACAAGCCAUUGAUCGCCUCGGUUCACGCUUCCAAGGAAACUACUACUUCCAAGAGCAACUGUCUAGGCAUCGAACUCUGAUGAACAUAUUUGAUAAGAGUCCUGUUGUUGAUAAAGAUGCAUUUGUUGCUCCAAGUGCCUCUGUCAUCGGUGAUGUUCAAGUUGGUAGAGGAUCAUCCAUUUGGUAUGGAUGUGUUUUGAGAGGUGAUGUGAACAGCAUCAGUGUUGGAAGUGGAACUAACAUACAGGAUAACUCCCUGGUGCAUGUUGCAAAAUCAAAUUUAAGUGGGAAGGUGUUGCCUACUAUUAUUGGGGAUAAUGUUACUGUCGGUCAUAGUGCCGUUUUACAUGGUUGCACUGUUGAGGAUGAGGCUUUUGUUGGUAUGGGUGCUACACUACUUGAUGGUGUCUUUGUUGAGAAACAUGCCAUGGUUGCUGCUGGGGCCCUUGUGAGACAGAAUGCAAGAAUCCCAUCUGGGGAGGUUUGGGGAGGCAAUCCGGCAAAGUUCCUGAGGAAGCUCACUGAUGAAGAGAUAUCUUUUAUUUCUCAGUCAGCCACCAAUUACACUAAUCUUGCCCAGGUCCAUGCAGCUGAAAAUGCAAAGUCCUUUGAUGAAAUUGAGUUUGAGAAGGUGCUGCGGAAGAAGUUUGCAAGAAAAGACGAGGAGUAUGACUCAAUGUUGGGUGUUGUCCGGGAGAUCCCUCCAGAGCUUAUUCUUCCAGAUAAUGUCCUACCUGAUAAACAAGCUAAGGUUUCUAAAAUAUAAGAUCUUUAAAAGAACUGUGUCUUUCAUUUCCAACCUUGAAAUGACAUCAAGGAUAUUUUUGUUUUUUCAAAUGCAUGGAAGAGGGAUUAUUUUCAUUCCCAAUAAUACCAGACAUGUUCUAGGCUAGAAUAUGACUCCUUUCCAGCCCUAGGAAUGGUUCGUUCCAUAAUAUUUCAAAUUCUGUUAUGUACUUUGGAGAAGGUAAUUGCCCUGAAGGAUCGUGUAUGUGGAUAAUUAAUGUUUGAUGUAUCUAAUGCAAGUGAAUUUCACGUGCAAGUUUAUUCUUGAUCUUCAUGUUCGAGACAUUACUGGUUGUUACUUAGUUCAUAAGUUCCCGUUAAAAUUA